GUUAUUGAAUGCGCGCGAUCAUUUCGAAAACGUGAUUCGAAGUAUUCACUUGUGACGAUCCGACGUUCCUGUUCCCGACACAUAGAGCUCAGAUUGCCUACCAGCAGCAAAAAUACAAAGUCAUGUCUCCCAGCUUCGUUUGCGCGCUGGCUGUCUGCGGUUUCGCGGCGAUCUGCUCAUUGCCCGUGUCCACCGCGCAGGCGCUGGUUUCUCCUUAUGAAUCAUCAGCAGCGUCGGACAGUCAAAACGGUUGGGGCGCGUUAGGCGGGCUGUACGCUCUACUAGCGCAGCACGACGCACUGGGCGGCCACGCGCUCGCCCGCAAGUCGGUCCGCUCGCCUUCCCGCCGUCUGCGCUUCGGACGCCGAUCCGACCCCGACAUGCCUCCUCAAGCUCCCCUGGACGAGAUGAAUGAGUUGCUCUCUCUGCGCGAGGUCCGCACGCCCGUACGUCUGCGCUUCGGCCGCCGCUCGGAGGAACGCGCCGUGCCCCACAUCUUCCCUCAGGAGUUUUUAACACAGGAGCAGGACCGUGCCGUGCGUGCCCCGUCCAUCCGUCUCCGGUUCGGACGCCGGUCGGACAACAACAUGUUCUUACUGCCCUACGAAUCGGCUCUGCCCCAGGAAGUGAAAGCCAACGGCUCCGUGGAAGACGACAGACAACAGGAAUAAGCAAACAACAUAUCCGCAUAUACCAACUAACUACAUAGAAAUAUUACCCGCCCCGUCAAACUUUUAUUAACAAUUCUUAAUUAAGGACAUUACGUCCUGCCCGUACAUAUGUGUCAUAUUAAACAAAAUACAAUCGAUUUUUAGAUGUUAUUCAACUUAAUUAUAAGCUAUGUGUACAUAAUAAUCAGUUAGUACCUUGUAUGUUGUUAACCGAAAUGUUAUCCCAGGAUAUAAUGCGUAGUUAUCAUCAGUACUCAGUUGUUCAAUAUUGUAUUAAAUAAAUACAUUUUUGAAAUAUCAAACGCUUCUGUCCUCAAAAUCAUCAGCUAACGUGUUAUAAAUGUAAUAAAUAUCGAUGAUACUCUAGUCAAUACUGAAUUAAGACUGUCUCCUUUGAUUUCGAUCUCUAUUUCCAAUUAGAUAUAUAUUAUGUAUAUUAUCUCUAUAUUAUAAAACUUGCCGCGAAGAGUUGUACAUUUUUAGAGCUGGGUAAAUGUAAAACUACUUCGCUACUUGUAGGUACUACUUGAUUUGAUCUCUUGGUAACUAUCAGAACAGUAUUUAAAAAUUCGUAGUUCAAUUUAGUACAUUAUGCAAAUACAUUAUUUAUUAUAUUAAGUGUAGUGAAACUAUGUUUAGUUUUGUAUGGAUAUUAUAGUGCAAUUAAUGAGUUGAAAAAUAAAAAUAUUUCCAAGGGA